AUGGACAUAAUUAAUGCCAUCGAUAAUAAUUUAUCAACUUCACACAGAAAAAAUAAGGUCACCAAAAAUAGAAAUCCUUUAAUUAAAAAGUGCAAUAAAUGUAAGAGGUCAAAACUUCAUGAUAAUAAGAAUGCUCAGCAAUGUAAUUUUUGCAAUCAGAUAAUGUUAAGUGGAAAUAAAUUUAUUGAUAAUUUGCUUGUUAAACUAAAUAAACAAAAGGCUUUUAUAGAAUUUAUUCCGUAUGAACAAUUUAAAGAUAUCAUUUAUCUUUCUGAGGGAGGAUUUAGUAAAAUAUACAAAGCGACAUGUGUUAAUGGUAUAAGAACGGAAUGGAAUAGUCGGAAGCGAAGAUUUGCAGAAGCUAUUAUCAAUGCAACAGUUGUUCUUAAAUGUCUUAAUAGUUCUGAAGCUAUAAGUCAUGAUUUUUUAAAUGAGUUAAAAAAUUAUUUUCAAUGUUCAAGUGGUUAUAUAAUCCAAUAUCACGGCAUCACACAGCAUCCCGAAACAAAAGAUUACAUGAUUGUAAUGGCCUUUGCAGAAAAUGAAUCAGCAUCACCCUCACAUUCUAAACUUAAUAUUCCAAAAACGCAUCAGCUUUACGAAAAUAAUUUUGCUUAUAACGAUAUUCAUAAUAAAAAUAAAAGGCAAAAAUAUAAUGAGGAUACACACUAUCAAG